AUCUCAGUGGUGGAAAUGCUGGAGUUGGGGUGGGUCGACUUUGAGGUGACAUUGACGCUAUGUAGAUGAGAGUGAGGAUCCUGUGCUCCAUGGUACGUCCCUGCUCGCUUCAACUCAGACGGCGGCAGCUCCUGUCCCCGUCUUCUUUCCCCUCCUUUCUUUCAGCACCACUCCUUUAAGGACAGCACCUCGCCCUCAAAGAAGCAUUUGGCCACAAUCAUUCCACCUUCAGGAUCAUAUUUUCUCACCGCCGUCGGACGCAAAGUUUUCAUCUUGGUUUUACCGACUGCAUGUACAAGGAGUUAACUUUUUUCCCCCUUUUUUCCCCCAAAUCUGGAUAUCCCAGUCUUGGAAAAAAAUAUCUAAGGAGUAGAUUUAACGUUCGGUGGGUCGUUGUUAAGGUGCCCCUGUUUCCGCUCCUAACCACUCACAGAAUCCUGAAGAACCCCGAUUAUUCGUCUUCACCCGCUGUUCUGUGGAGAACAGUAGCACGGGACGGAUAAACUGCUGCCCGUCUGGACCGGUAUUAAAACCCACACCUCUGUUCUGGUCAAGACUAUCCAACAAACACCGUGACCAUGGCUACCAACGGCCCCAAAGCCUCAGACGGACACAUACUAACGGAGACAGUAAAUGACGCGCCCAGCACCACGCCAAAUGACAAACCUAAAACACUGGUGGUGAAGGUGCAGAAGACAAAAAAGGAUAUACCAGAGAGAGAAACGUGGGGUGGAAAAUUUGACUUUCUCCUCUCGUGUGUCGGAUAUGCAAUCGGACUCGGAAAUGUCUGGAGAUUUCCUUACUUAUGUGGGAAAAACGGCGGAGGGGCCUUCUUGAUUCCCUACUUUUUGACACUCAUAUUUGCUGGCAUGCCUUUGUUCUUACUGGAGACGGCUCUUGGUCAGUACACCUCUAUUGGAGGUCUUGGAGUGUGGAAGCUGGCCCCAAUGUUCAAAGGUGUGGGUCUGGCUGCUGCUGUUCUGUCCUUUUGGCUCAAUAUUUAUUACAUAGUAAUCAUUUCCUGGGCUAUUUACUAUUUGUACAACUCCUUCACUUCUGAGCUUCCGUGGCAGAGUUGUGGCAAUCCCUGGAACACAGACCGCUGCUAUGUCAACUAUAGCAUCGCAGACACCAGAAACCUCACCAGCGCUGUGGUCGAGUUCUGGGAACGUAACAUGCACCAGCUGACCGAUGGUCUGGAGAAGCCUGGGGAGGUUAGGAUCCCACUGGCUAUCACACUCGCCAUUGCAUGGGUGCUCGUCUAUUUCUGUAUCUGGAAGGGAGUCAGCUGGACUGGCAAAGUGGUGUACUUCUCGGCUACAUACCCUUACUUUAUGCUGUUCAUCCUGUUUUGCCGUGGGAUCAGUCUACCUGGUGCCAUCGAUGGGAUUCUCUUCUACAUCACACCAGACUUUGAAAAACUUAAGGAGUCUGAGGUGUGGCUCGAUGCUGCCACACAGAUCUUCUUUUCCUAUGGGUUGGGAUUAGGCUCUCUGAUUGCUCUCGGGAGCUACAAUACCUUCCAUAACAAUGUAUACAGAGAUUCUGUCAUUGUCUGCUGCAUCAACUCCUUCACCAGUAUGUUUGCCGGCCUUGUCAUCUUCUCCAUUGUGGGCUUCAUGGCCAAUGUGACAAAGAGACCCAUCGCUGAUGUGGCAGCCUCAGGACCUGGCCUGGCGUUUUUGGCAUAUCCUGAGGCCGUCACCCAGCUGCCCAUCUCUCCUCUCUGGGCAAUACUCUUUUUCUCCAUGCUGCUGAUGCUGGGAAUCGACAGCCAGUUCUGCACAGUGGAAGGCUUCAUCACCGCACUCGUCGAUGAAUUUCCUCAUGUCCUCCGAAAGCGCAGAGAGAUCUUCAUUGCUGCUGUCUGCCUUGUGUCUUACAUCAUCGGCCUCUCCAAUAUAACACAGGGAGGACUGUAUGUUUUUAAGCUGUUCGACUACUACUCAGCAAGUGGGAUGUCCCUGCUUUUCCUGGUUUUCUUUGAGUGCAUCUCCAUUUCAUGGUUCUAUGGUGUGGAUAAAUUUUAUGACAACAUUGAAGAAAUGGUUGGCCACAGGCCCUGUCUGUGGUGGAAGGCAUGCUGGGUCGUUUUCACUCCUCUUAUCGUUGCUGGUGUGUUCUUGUUUAGUGCAGUGCAGAUGGUUCCCCUCACUUUGGGCGAUUACGUGUUCCCAGGCUGGGGUCAAGGGGUCGGCUGGUGCAUGGCCCUCUCCUCCAUGAUUCUCAUCCCAGGUUACAUGGGCUACAUGUUCCUCACACUCAAAGGCACAUAUAAAGAGCGCUUGAGGAUGAUGAUCAAGCCUCCGACGAUGGUAAAGGCUCAGGAAAAUGGUCCGGACCAGCAGAUGGAAAACCAGAAUCCAAACCCUGCCAACGAGGAAGCCUACAUCUAAUAAGCUCUGCCUGUCUCUCAGUUUCAAUGGCCAAGAUUGGCGCUCCAUCGUAAUCAAGGUUGGGUACAACCACUAGACUUCUACGUCUGCUUUCAUUCACCUACCUCCUGGGGACAUGUGAAACCAACCUGAUUACACAGUUAUUUUUAAGGGGAUUUCUGUUUGUCUAUUUGUAAAAUACAGAGAUAUAGAGAUAAACAAAUUACCCAGCAAAGUUGAUGUGAUAUUAUGUAUUUCAUUAUGCAAAAAACCUAGUAUUCUUAGAAAAAGGAAGUGUGACUAAGGAAAUUACUGUAUAUUGAAUAUGCAUAAUUUAAAUCUGGAGGCCCACAUUGCUUAAAUAGUAUUGUGCUUUGAAGAUAAUUAUUAAUCUACUAAGCUCUGUACAAAAGGAAAAAAAUAUUGCUUAAAAUGUAUUUUGUUUAUUCAUUUAAUAAACAAAUGCAGUAUAGAAGAUGAAUAUAUAUAUAUAUAUAUAUAUAUAUAUAUAUAUAUAGUACUGACCAAUUUAAAGCAAAGAUAAUAUGGGAACGUGCAACAGGUAAGGCCAAAUCUGCUUGUAUGUGUAAACCAUAAUUUAACAGAUCAAUCAUUUCCCUGCAGAAUCCUGCACUUCACCUGAAAUGUUUACCACCCACUUCUAUGGGCUACAUUAAAAAAAGCACAAGUAAAGUGUGGCAUCCAAUGUGUUGUAGGCAUGACUGAAACCUGUGACAACAGCAAAAAUAACGUUUAGAGAAUACAUAGCAAGAGACUGUUAUAACUGUUUCUUUGUUUUCUAAAGAACACUAACUUUGUAUGUGGUCUGAAUCAUUUUGUAGAAUCAUAUUUUCAGGUGAUUUUCUAUAUGUGAGAACAAGAAGGACCAAAAUCAUGCCAUAGUUUGAACAGUUUGUGCAGACAUUGGACUAUAUAUAUGGAUUGGAUCAAGCACCCCUUGUGAUGCAUUACUGCAAAACAGUUACAAGUAGGGAAAAAAGAGAGAAUAACACGCCUACAAGCACAAGUUGAAUUUAUAAACCUCCACCUCUAAUAAUAAAUCCACAAAAAAAUCCCACAUUUGCACUAUGCACUCUGCAUCUCAGCUUGAGAUCAUUUAUUUGGAAAAAACGUAAACAUUUAAUGCGACUUGCAACCAGUUAAGUGGUGAGAGGGGCUUAUGGUGUGGCGAUCCAUUGCUAGAUAAUAUUUCUUACUUUAACCAGGACAAUGAAUAAGCUGCCAUGGCUAGUGUGAUGCGUCGGAAGUAGUAACAUGAAUUUCUAUGAUAGAUUCUACUAUUUUGACUGGACACAUUUACUUUUAUACCUUUUUAGAAAGCCACUCCUCAGGUACAAUGAUGGAGGUCACCAAAUUGUCUCAAAUACAGCCCUUAUACACUGAAACAACGAAUGCUGUAUUAAAACGAAAUGUAACUAUCAAUUUCCAACUUUUUUUUUUUUGCCCCCAUAAAUUCAACGUGUUGCCUUUUGCAGCAGCAAAACAUGAAAUCAGAAACAUAAAGGCUCAGUAUAAGUACGUUCUUGCACACAUUCAAUAGCUGAUCCAAAUUGUUGCCUAUUUUCUGUGUACUGUUUGCUGGUUUGUAUCAUCUGUUAUGGUAUUUUUUGUCCUUUUAGUGAAGCCAUACUGUGUUCUUUCUCUGUGGUAAGUGCUGAUUUCCAGUACAGAUUCGGAGACAGAACUUCCCAAUCAGUCAGAGAACAAAGCCGACAAAGCACUGUUAACGCAACAGAACACAGCUAGGUACUGUGUAGGUCAACACCAGUGAAACUACUCCAUUUAAUAGGGUAAACGAAAGCCUAUUCUAACAUAUCAAGUUUGCUCAGUGAUAUAAAAACCCACUUAAAGAUGCUGACUUCAAGGCAGAGCACAGAUAUCACCAUGAAGAGGGAUCAAGAGAGUUUGCUUCUGUGGCAGCUACAUGCGACAGGAAUCAGGUUGAAACAGUCCUGUUUUUCUUUUCUUUCAUUAGCAUUCUUUUUUCUUUUAAAGAUAUGUGAAUUAAAAUGUGCAAUGACAAAAAUAUUCCAUGAAUUUUGUAUAAAGCUACCAUAAUGCAGUUUCUCUCUUGAAUGAUGUUGUAAACUGGACUGUGUAAUACAUGUAUCUGUGAAUGUCCGUACAACCUGAGGUUUUCUUUAAUUUUGCUUAAAUGUUGGAUUUAAAAAAAAAAACAAUAUUAUGUGCUGCUUCCUGAAAUAAUAUCAUCACAGAAACAAAGGCAUAUAUUUCUUAACUGUAAAAAAAUAAAUAAUAUCAAUAAUAAUGAUAACAAAAAAGCAUUAGAGUAAUAAUAAGGAUGAUAAUUAUAUGAUAGAAAAGUCUGGUCAGAGAAUAUUGUUUUGUAUAUUUCUAGCUGUUUCAUGGGCCUAAUGUAAAAUAUUCUAUGUAAAAAAUACAUAUAAUAAAUGUCUUUAGAUGGUGUUAUAUGAAAAAGCAUGUUUGCUAUAUAUGUUAUCAGCAAAAUAAAUAAAGAUCUAUAG